AUGUAUGUUGGCGCUGGUGCAAUAGGCUGUGAACAUCUUAAGAAUUUUGCAAUGAUGGGUGUUGGUUGUGGGCCAGAAGGAAAAGUGUUCAUUACCGACAUGGAUAUUAUUGAGAAAUCCAAUCUUAACAGACAAUUUCUCUUUAGGCCAUGGGAUAUUUCGAAACCCAAAUCUACCACGGCUUCCAGAGCUGCAAAAAUCAUGAACCCUGAGGUCAACAUAAUUGCUCAUGAGAAUUUUGUUGGUACCGAAACGGAAUUUACGUAUGAUGAUGACUUUUUCGAGCAAUUGGAUGGCGUUGCUAAUGCACUCGACAAUGUAGAAGCGAGGACUUAUGUAGAUAGGCGUUGUGUGUAUUAUCGCAAGCCACUUCUUGAAUCUGGCACUCUUGGCACUAAAGGAAAUGUUCAAGUGGUCAUUCCCUAUCUGACUGAAUCAUAUUCAUCAUCCCAGGAUCCACCAGAAAAAGCCAUACCAGUCUGUACUCUGAAGAAUUUUCCAUACCAAAUCGAGCAUACUCUUCAAUGGGCACGUGAUCUUUUUGAGGGACUCUUUACACAACAAUCGCGUGCCUUAUAUUCUUAUAUGACCGAAUCAACCAAGUUCCUCGAUUCUAUCUUGUCCGGCCCUGGAAGUCAGCCCCUUGAAUCUCUUGAGCAGCUCAAAGACAACCUUUUAGAGAGACGACCAACAUCAUUCCAAGAUUGUGUAGUCUGGGCAAGACUUCAGUGGGAGACCUUUGCCUCUGGUUCAUAA